AUGUCUUAUGAUGAGGUUGAGAUUGAGGACAUGACGUGGAACGAGAAGCUUCAAGCAUACACCUAUCCUUGUCCUUGCGGCGACUUGUUCCAAAUUACCAAGGAAGAGCUGCGAGCCGGGGAGGAAAUCGCCCGCUGUCCUAGCUGCAGCUUGUAUAUCACAGUAGUUUAUGACCCGCUUUCCUCUCGUGAGCAGCUCUCCUUGCGCCUGGGGGUGGGGCCCGGCCCGGGGUACUUUGGUGUCUUCAUGGUUGAGUGGCGCUUAAACACUCAUCUCACCACGUACUCACAUUUCCUUAUCUGAAAUGAAAAUGAAAAUAUUCGCCAUCGAGAGCUCGGCUCGCGUUUCGCGCUAAAGUCAAAAGGAAGUGCAUCCGCCCCUCGCAGUGGUGGUGGAUGCUUUGGGUUAGAUCGAGGAUGGAUGAAUGAGAAUGAGGAAGUGGCGGCGCAUAUAGCUGCUGAGCAUGGCGGCAGCAGUGUAUGCGGGCACCGGCGCAAGUAAUACACAUAAAAAACCAUUCAGCAAAAAGCUCUCGACGAUAUCCUCCCUCAACGGCCGUAAUAUGCAGGACACACUCAUCAGCAAUAAUAACCCUUAUUAAACUUAAUACGAUACGAUACGAAACUUCUUUUUUAUAGAUGGCCGACAUACCACUACGGUAGCAGCACCUCCUCCCAAGAUCUCCCUCAAGAGACUAUCUAAUCAGCAUGUCGCGUGGCGGGUGGUGGUUCCUGUGGGGCAGUCGUCAUGACCGUGCAUGGUCGUACAUGGUCGUACACAUGGUUGCGGCCAUGGCUGUGGCCGUGGGCGCCGUUUACUGCCACCUGUCAGGCCAUUAGUAUUGUAUUCUAGGCAUAAUAGAGGGUGGGGGGGAAAGGGGUAAAAAUUGUAAUGAUAUAUUCUGGGCAUAUCACGGGAUCUGCAUCCGCCGAU